UGUUGCGUGUUUGGCUCAUCCUUGACCGGAGCAGAUUGGCUUUUUUGCUGCAUAUUGCAGACAGACACCGGGCUAAUGAAAUAAUUAUCUUACCGGCCAAUGUGAACUUGAUGAUGUGAGGACUCCUUCAUGUCAUCCUUCAGUGGACUCGGCAUGGCGCAGGAGGAGGACAAGCACAGCCUGGAGGCGAAAUUUGCUGCGGCAGUUAAAGUGAUCCGGAGUUUGCCCGAAGAAGGUUCUUUUCAGCCAUCUGAUGACAUGAUGCUGAUGUUCUACAGUUACUAUAAGCAGGCCACUAUGGGGCCGUGCAACAUUUCCAGACCAACCGGCUUCUGGGACACCCACGGAAAAGCUAAAUGGGAUGCAUGGAGCUCUUUAGGAAAUAUGACAAAGGAGGAAGCCAUGAAGAGUUAUAUUGAGAACAUCCAGCUGAUUCUGGAGACUGUGCCGAUUUCAGAAGAUGUGUCUGACCUGGUACAGAUGCUGGGAAAUUUCUACACAGAGGUAGAGGGAGAGGAGGCAGAAGAAAACGAGGUGGACAGGAGACCCUUCACCAGGCCCUUUGCACAACAUGCGGAUGAGCUGGUUAAACCUUUUAAGAAGCCAACAAUGGAAGGGUAUGGGGAUCUGUGGGAUGAUAUUCAGAACCUCCACGAAAACGAAAAAGACAGCAGUGCUCGUGGCUUGAGUGUCAGUAGCGAGGAGAAUAGUGGCGUGGAGAGAAAUGAGGGAAGUAGUGAAUGGAGGAGAAGUGAGGAAGAGGAAAAUGGGGAUGAAGGACACAAUGCGGACGAUGAAGACAAGGAGGAGGAAAGAGACUGGAGUCCUGACCCACGGCUGUUAAUGGUGGAGGACAAGAGGUGGAGGUGGUCUGACACUAAAGGCUCCUGCAGCAGUGUGGAGCCCAGUGUGUCCUCCUUCACCAACGGGACCCACAGCUCCCUCAACAGCGAUGUGGAGGAGGAAGAGCUGGCAUGUACCUUAGAGCCCAGUGUACAGUAUAACCCAUACAUGAAUGUUAAUGGACAUCUGACUGAUCAUAACGAUGCUAUUCUUGAGAAGAACCACCGAUCCACUGACUCAGAUAAUGAAGAGUUCUGUGACUCCAUGGAGCACCUAGCCACGGAUGAGCGGCUGUCCACGUCCAAAGGCCUCUCACAGGGAUCAGGAGCUGGCUCGAUGAAGCAAAGGGAUGUCUGGUUUGAGAGCAACACCACCCUGAUAGAUGGAGAAGAUCAUGUCCUCAUAGGAGAUGUUAAAGAAGGGAUUAGUCCAAGAAAACACAACAGCUCCUUGUCAAGAACAGGGAGAGGUUCUCAGACACCGAGGGCUACCUGCAGCGCUGAGCCAUGUGCGAGCGUAAAUGCCACCUGCUGUUGUGUGUCACUGAGCAGACUGCAUCCUGGGAGUGUUACCAGGGGAAGCAUCAAUGAGCAAAUAGCCACUGCUCUGCUGAGACUGCAGCGCGACAUGGCCAAUGUGCUGUACAGGCUGCAUGCUCUGGAGGAGCUGACCAAGUCACAGUCAAGAUCAUCUUUGCCAAGGCGGGGGGACUCUGUAACUGUACCAAGACAGUUCCUGAGACCAUCGUGGUGGCCUUGUGACUUCUCCCCACUCACAGUCGUGUUCACCGCACUUUGGCCUCUUAUCACCCACUGGCUUGUCCACCUUUACUUACAACGAAAGAGAAGCAAAAUACCGUGAAUUGUCUGGCAACUAUCAACAUCGAUCAAAGAAGAUGAACUGUGGAUGAAAAUGAUGCACUUUUUGGGGGUUUUGUGGCUUUCUUGAGCUAAAAUCAGAUGCAGAGUGCAAUGAGGCAUCGGUAGAAAUUUAAAAGGCUGUUUUAGAUGAACGAAUGGUUGGAAACUUGGCAAUGUAGUGUAGCAUUUUAACUUGAAGCAGACUUUUGAGGUAUUUAAGAAAAGGGUUUGAUUUAUGCAUCACCAGUGCUGGCCCAGUUUCUUUGCUUCAGUUAGUCUGUCAUGAGGUGGUGAUCUUAUAUAUGACGAGGAGAUUUCCAGAACCUUUGCAUAACUUGUGAAGUUAAUUCACGGUUCAUUGUCAUGCAAUAGCUGUAGACUUCAAGCGAUAAAGAGUUUUAGAGAUUCUCAUUCCCAGUUAUUUAUUGUACAUUUUAUAGUUUAAUUAGUUUCCCCCCUCAAACUAGAGUGUUCCAUUACAUGUACUGUAAUGUAAUUACAAGGACAUUGGUCUUUUAUAUGUGUUGUCUUGAAUAGAUACAUAUUUUAGGAGAAUUUCUUUUAAAGUCAAAAACACACUUUGAUGUGAGAAACAUUAUUAUUUUUGUGUCAGACUAUUUAUUUUAUAGCUUUACUGCUAUAGUAACCAAAAAAAAAAACAACUGAGAAGAGUGCAGACAAUCCACAUAUCUAUAUAAACAUUCUUGUUUCUUGCCAGUUUUAAGUAGACAAUGAAGAAUACUGUUUGGUUUACGUAAGGAUAAUGCUUACAGUUGUAAAAUAUGAGCAUACGAAGCACAUUGAAAAUGUAAUAAAGACAUUCUUAGAACAA